AUUCUGAUAACGAGCUGAUACUUAAGGAGCCAAGAUAAUUAUCGUAGAGGGAAAGCCGGCGGACGACCGAAGAGUGGAACCCAGAGAUAGCCAGGUCGCAUCGAUUCCUCUACUCGACUACUAAUGAUGAUAAUCUAGUUAGCAGCCAGGGAGUGCUUAUCUGUAAAUGAAGGUGUCCUAGUUAAUAAUAAUAAUCAUCAUGUUCCGCGGGACGCUUGGUGGUGAACCAUGUGGGCUCCUUUUUUUUUUUUUCCGCCUUCGCUUUUCCCCGCUGGGCGCGGCCGGUGGGUUAACUAGGUAGGUAGCUAAUUCAGCUACAAAAGGGCCAGGAUGGCUCUCGUCUUGGGCUAAUCUCACGAAACGAUCAAGGUGCGCGAUCCAUCCCAGGCUGCUUGAAGAGGGCAAGCAAGCGCAAUGCAGCUCAAGUCAAUCGCGGCCGGUCUUCUGCUGGCGGGCAGCUCAUUGCUGUCUGCCGUAUCGGCCAGUCCGACGGCCAGCUCGAAGGGAGAUGUGGUGCGCAAUGGCCAUGCGAACAAGCACGGUGGAAAGAUUGCACCCAAGGUGUUCAUCAUUUCGAUGUUCGCCCCUGAAGCUGAAGCCUGGUGGGGAAUCCCAGAAUUCAACCUCCUUGCGCACAACAUCACCGUGCCCGGCUUCUCUCCCAUCUUCCCCGACGCGCAUUGCACUUCCGACUACAGCGUCUGCCAGCUGGUCACCGGUGAAUCUGAGAUCAAUGCUGCCGUCACGAUCUCGUCUCUGGUCGCCUCCCCGCUUUUCGAUCUGACCAAGACAUACUUCUUCAUCGCCGGGAUCGCCGGGAUCAACCCGGAGGUCGCGACGCUCGGUUCCGUGACCUUCGCUCGUUUCGCGGUCCAAGUCGCUCUGCAGUACGAGUUCGAUGCCCGCGAGAUCCCUGCCAACUAUAACACCGGAUACAUCCCCCAGGGAGCCUACGCGCCGGACGAGUAUCCUGCCAACAUCUACGGAACCGAGGUCUUCGAAGUGAACACCGCCCUGCGAUCUUUGGCAGUUGAGUUCGCAAAGACCGCCAACCUGUCUGAUUCCUCCGCUGCAAAGGCCUACCGCGCCCACUACGCCACUGGAACCAAUGUCUACAAGGCCGGCGCUACUGGUCCCUCCGUGGUCGAGUGCGACGUCGCUACCUCCGAUGUUUACUACAGCGGAAACAUCCUGAGCAAUGCCUUCCAGAACACAACUCGCGUCCUGACCAACGGAACAGGUCUGUACUGCGCGACCGCGCAGGAGGACAACGCGACGCUGGAGGCCCUCCUGCGCUCCUCCGCGCGCAACCUGACAGACUUCUCGCGUAUUAUCGUCAUGCGCACCGCGUCCGACUUUGACCGUCCGUACCCGGGCGAGAAUGCCAUGUACAACCUUCUCUAUGCGGAUCAGGGAGGUUUCGAGCCCGCUAUUGAGAAUAUCUACGCGGCCGGUAUCAAGGUUGUGGAGGGUAUUCUGAACGGAUGGAAUGCCACUUUCGCCAAGGGCGUCAAGCCGACCAACUACAUUGGUGACAUCUUUGGCACUCUGGGUGGUACUCCAGACUUUGGCCCGGGACGCAAAGAGUCCUUGGUGGAGGCCGGUGCGAUCACCAAGCGAGGCCUCAUGAUGAAGGGAAUGCGGAGGCGAUCGUUCAUGUAGAUCGUAGGCUUUGAUUGAGCCCAUUAGCAAUAUAUAUAUGGUAGAGGUAUAGACUAGUGUCGUGAAUUCUAUACAGUCAUUCAUAAAGUGAACCAGUAUGGUAC